AUGUCGCAACCCAACUGGCAGAUCACUGGCUCGGUCAAGCAGAAUCCGAUCUUGACCAGCAUCAUGGAAGCCAUGCGCCGUAUUGCACCGCUCUCGCUCGCCGACACCUCGUUCGACAAUGUCGGCAUCCUGCUACAGGCGCCGCCCGCGACACAGGCGGCAGAAUCCGACGAGAAGCAGGGGGUCAUGCUCGCCAUCGAUUUGACCACAGACGUAUGCGACGAGAUCCUGUCGUCUGCCGACAAUGUCAAGGUCGCACUCGUCUACCAUCCCAUCAUUUUCCGAGGGCUCAAGUCCCUCACCUUUGCGGAUCCACAGCAGACGAGCUUGUUGCGGCUCGCUGCAGCAGGCGUCAGCAUCUACUGCCCUCACACAAGUCUAGACGCGACACCUGGAGGCAUCAAUGACUGGCUUGGCAAGGUGGUCUCGUCCAAGGAUGCUUUUGCGGAGCUCGAAUCGCCCGAAGCUCUCGACGAAUUCCGUGCCAACGUCUUCCCUGCCCUCAGCAACUCCAAGAACACGCCCAAAGGCUUUGAGGCUGCAGGAAUGGGAAGGUUCAUCGAGCUCGAGGCGCCGCAACCUUUUGACGAGAUCGUAAGGAGAGUCAAGCAAAACCUCGAUCUUCCGCACGUGCAAGGCUGCAAGGCGUCCGACAAGCCCAUCUCCAGCAUCGCUGUCUGUGCCGGCUCCGGGUCCAGCGUCUUUUCCGGUGUCAAGGCGGAUCUGUAUCUCACCGGGGAGCUGUCGCAUCACGAGAUUCUAGCGUACAAGGCGGCAGGCGCAUCCGUCAUUGUGACCAAUCACACCAACACGGAAAGGAAGUACCUGCGAGACGUCCUGCAGCACUGGCUUCGCAGAGAACUGCCAAGUCGGUAUUCCGUCUCCGUCUCCAAGACAGACAGAGACCCAUUGACGGUGCUCUAG